AAUACAUCGAAUUAUUAUUCCUUUUGAGAAAAAUAUGGAGAUUUCUCAUGCAUUUCUUCAACCGUUAUUCAAUGACCUAAGUACAGCAGAUAUAAUUCUUCGAGUUGAUAAUAUUCAUUUUCACUCUCAUGUCUGUGUAUUAUAUGCAACUUCUAGAUUUUGGAAUCAAUACUUUAAAUAUCAAAGAGCAAAACGAAAUAAUUUUGGUUAUAUUAAUUAUAACUCUAUUCAAGAUCACGAAAUCUUGUUACAUGAUUAUAGUUGUUCGAAAAGAAAUUUCAUUACAAGGUUGCAUGAAUAUAAAGGAGAUCCGGAAUGUGAAAUGAAAUAUACUUGGACAGAUUUUGGAAAUUUUCUCGCAUAUUUAUACGGUUAUCCUAUGAAAGAAAGAAAAAAGGAUAAUUUGUAUGUUCUUGCACACCUUGCGUCAAAAAAUAAAUUUGAUUGGGAUAAACAGCACUGGAAAGUUACAUUAAGAGUCUCUAAAUGGCUAGGACUAAAUAAAUUGAGGUGCCAAGUUUUAAAAUAUGUAUAUAGUAAAGGUGAUUCUAUGUUCACGAAUCACGUUUUAAAGGAACUUAAUGAAUCGGAUUUGAAAAUUGCACUUGCUAUCUCUAAUGGUGAUGAUCCAUGUCUUUUGAAUUUUGAAGUAAUGAUAAAUAAUGAUGAUAAACCUGAGUUGAUAACACAAGAUGAUACAGAAGAUGAUACAGAAGUUAUCGAAGAACAUGACGAUAUGUUAAUUGAUGGUAAUAUGAUGUAUAACAAAUUGAUGACUAAUGAAAUUAUUUCUGAUUUGGAUGACCAAAAAGUAAAAAUGUGUAGAGAAAGCUCCUGUCAUUGA